GAGCGAUUCGCGUUGGUCUCAAAAUCGAGGAAUCGAUUCCGUGCCUGCUCGCCAAAGCGACAUGAACCUCUCGGCCGGGCCCUUCGAUGCGAUCAGCGGCGUCCAAAUUACGGGGCUGUGGAGCUUCCUCUACUCGAUCGAUUGGACUGAAUCAUGGCUGUGGGGUCUGAUCGCCUUCCAUGGCCUCUGUCUUCUGGUGACGUACCUUACACGAAAACUUCAAACUGCUCAAAUCGUGUAUUUUUUUCUGCUAUUGCUGUUGACGUACUCUGCAGAGUACAUCAAUGAAGUAGCAGCAAUGAACUGGAGGUCAUUUGCAAAGUACCAGUAUUUUGAUUCUCAGGGGUUGUUUAUCUCUGUUGUUUUCUCCACUCCAUUGCUACUAAAUGCGAUGAUUAUUGUGGUGAUGUGGAUUUGCCAAAUGUCCAGUGUGAUGGCAAAACUCAAGGCAGAAAAGAUUAAGAAGCAACUCGAGAAGGAGAAAAAUAAAAAGAAAGAUUGAUGCUCAAGUCGAAUGAAAGAAUGACCUUUAUGUUCAUGACUCACUACUGUGCACCACCUCCCGUGUGCUGUGUUGAGCACUUUUCCAUGGCGACAUUUAUUUUUUCUCCUUUGAUUAAAAGAGUGUAAAAUAGUUCUGUAGUGGCAUUCUCCAAGAGUAAGGUUUUAACUGAAAAUAUGUUAUUUUAUUUGGCUCUAAAAAAGGGAGCAUUUGUAAAUGUGUCAUUUAUGGUGGUAAUUGUUAUGAAUGGUAGUUGGUUAAAAAAAUCAGUUUUCUUACAGAGCGUUUCAUCAUUGUCUCGUUAAAUAUUCUGUAAAGUGUAUUUCUGUACUUUUGAUAAGGUUUUUUUUCUCCAAAUGUUUUCUGUUUUUUUUUCUCAUUGAAGGGUCGGGGCCACAUGUUUAAACAUGCAUUAGCAUAAUGCCAUUUCCAUAUUUUUCAAUCUCAGCGUUGUCGACUGUUUAUCAUUUUCAUUAAAGUUAUGUUGUACAUACAUCAAAUAUA